GUCAGAAUUUUCAAAAAAUCGAUUUUUUUUUUUUUGCAUUUUCUUAAAGUAUAAUAUUUUUAAAAUAUUGUGUGAAAAUUUGAAGUGAAUCCGACAAAUUCUUUUCGAGUUAUUUAACAAUGACCAAAGGACGCUCGGGUGCUACGUGGCAUUCGAGAGCAGGUAGCUAGAAACAGCUGCAAGCAACCGACCUUUCGGGUUUCAUUGUCAUGAAUAUCUCCCCAUUUUAAUGUAGUACAAGAACUGAAAAAUAAUUUUUGGUUGCCAGUAUACCUGUAGUCGUUGCACUGAUCAGUCGAUAGUUUUGUGAUAAAUUAUUUCUCAAGUGAAUUAAAUUAUUAACCAUGGGACGUGAUUCUAGAAAGGUUUCAAGAGAACUUCGGAGUUCUGAAAAAAUUAAUAAGUCGCGUUCAGUCAAAAGAAAGAAUGUUUUUAAUCCGAAAACAGCCGAACGUGAUGAAAGUAUUCAGAGUACAUCUUCUAAAAAAUUAAAACAAAACACUGAAGAUGAUGUACCUGAAGACAGCAGUACUGAAUUUCGAAUAAUAAAUUUGAUGAAAUUCGAGUGAUGAAAAACCGAAUCAUGAUAUGUGUCCAAAAGGCGAAGAAUCUUGGUGCUCUUACCAGCGCGCUGAAGCAAGAGGAGAGCUUGAUACCUAUUCUCACGAUUAUUCUCCCUUACCUUCUGAUGUUUUAAAAGCUAUCAAGCCUAUAUACGAAGGUCUUAGUAAUGAAAAUUUACUUUCAAGAUGUGUAGGUGGAUUCAAUCAGAAUAAUAAUGAAAGCUUUAACCAACUAGUAUGGAAAAUAUGCCCAAAAACGGUAAAUACUAGUUUUACUGUCGUACAAAUAGCUGCAUACGUUGCUAUGUGUAUAUUUAAUGAGGGUAUAAAUUCAGUAUUAGUCUUGAUGAAUACACUAGGACUUAAUUGUGGGCCUAAUUCUCAUCGGUAUGCAGAAAGAAUGGAUGCUGCACGUAUCAAAGUAGCAGAUAAGCGCGCUAAUGAUAACACCCGAGAAGGUCGAUUGCAACGUAGGCACCAGCAAAUCAAUAUUUUGGAAGCUGCUAUGACGGCUGAAGAGCUAUUAUAUGGUCCAGGAAUAGAUGACUCAGUAUGAAUCUCCAAGGACUUAUGAUGAUCACCGCAAAGGACUUCGGGAGGAACGGGCUCUACAAAAACAGCGAUAACUUUUUGAAUUAUUAAUUUUUUUUUUUGAAAUUUUCGUGAAGUCAAAUCGAAACGUGUUCUAAUAAAGCUAUGUUUUUAUUUUUGUCAAAUAAAGUAAUUAACUACAAAAAAAAAAUUAUUGAAAAUCAUCAUUUUUUCAGGCCUCUGAGUACCCCUA